AUGCCAUAGCUGGCGUCUCUUUUCUGUGCUUCAGGUCCUGCCUACAUGGUGUCUAUGGAAAACAAAAACAAUGUGACGGAAUUCAUCCUCCGUGGACUAACACAAGAUAAGACAGUAGCAAAAGUGUGCUUCUCAUUAUUCUUAGUCUUCUAUGCCACUACCAUUCUUGGAAACCUGCUUAUCAUCAUUAUUAUAAAGACAAGUGAACAGCUGAACUCUCCCAUGUACUUCUUCCUGAGCUACUUAUCUUUUGUAGACAUCAGUUACUCCACUGUCGCAGCUCCCAAACUCAUUUAUGACCUUCUUGUUGAGAAGAAGACCAUCUCUUUUGUGGGCUGCAUAGCUCAACUGUUUGCGGGCCAUUUCUUCGGGUGCACUGAGAUCUUCCUUCUCACAGUGAUGGCCUAUGAUCGUUGCGUUGCUAUAUGCAAGCCGCUUCAUUACACAAAUACUGUGAACAAGCAUGUCUGUGGCUGGCUGGUGGCAGCUUCUUGGGUGGGAGGCUUUGUACACUCAGUGGUGCAGACCCUGCAGGCCAUUCAGCUACCAUUUUGUGGGCCCAAUGAGAUCGACCACUAUUGCUGUGAUGUUCACCCUUUACUGAAGCUGGCCUGCACUGACACCUACAUCACUGGUGUCAUUGUGGCUGCCAAUAGUGGUGUGAUUUCCCUGAGCUGUUUUGUUGUUCUUAUUGUGUCCUAUGCUGUUAUCUUGGUUUCUCUGAGGAGACGCUCUUCCGAAGGGCGUCUCAAGGCUCUCUAUACCUGCACUUACCACAUCACUGUUGUAGUUCUGUUCUUUGGGCCGUGCAUUUUCAUCUAUAUGCGCCCUUCCACCACCUUCUCAGCAGACAAGACGGUGUCUGUGUUCUACACCAUCAUCACGCCUAUGCUCAAUCCCUUGAUCUACACCCUCCGAAAUGAAGAGGUGAAAAAUGCCAUGAAAAAGUUGUGGAGCAGAAAAGUGAAGAGGAGUGAGAAAUGA